AUGCCAACUAAUCGUUUUGUCGAGUCUUCAUUCUGGAAUUUCGACACGCUCUUUCAACCUCAACAACACCCUGCACGUGAUGCACACGACACUUUUUUCUUAAAAGACCCAGCUACAAGCACACGAUUUCCUAUGGAUUAUCUUGAACGUGUCAAAAAAGUUCACUCUAUAGGAGGCUAUGGAUCUACUGGUUAUGGCUAUAACUGGAAAAUUGAAGAAGCCCAAAAACUUUUACUACGAACGCACACUACUGCUGUUUCCUCUUCUAUGCUUUAUAAGCUCGCGCAAGAAAAAUCAUUCAAACCAGUAAAAUAUUUUUCGAUUGAUCGAGUAUUCCGAAACGAGACAGUGGAUGCCACACAUUUGGCUGAAUUUCAUCAAGUUGAAGGUGUGAUUGCAGAUAAAGGAUUAACAUUGGGUGAUUUGAUCGGGUUUAUGAACACCUUUUUUGAGAAAAUGGGUGUCAAGGAUAUUCGUUUCAAACCUGCCUUUAAUCCAUAUACUGAGCCAAGCAUGGAAAUUUUCUCAUAUCAUCCUGGUCUUGGUCAAUGGGUUGAAAUUGGGAAUUCCGGAAUGUUUCGACCAGAAAUGCUGGAACCCAUGGGACUCGAUCCUGAUGUCCGUGUUAUUGCAUGGGGUCUUAGUUUGGAACGACCUACUAUGAUCAAAUACGGGAUUAGUAAUAUUCGUGAGCUCCUCGGUCAUAAAGUAAAUCUGGAAAUGAUCGAAAAUAAUCCAAUUUGCCGAUUGGAUAAAAGAACGGGUAAAGAAGAAAAGAAAGUUACUGAAGAAGCCAAACAUCAUCCACAUGAAGGUGUUAUUCAUUGA